AUGAAGUGGCGAAGGAGAAGCGCAGACGCGGGUGAAGUCAUCACCCUUCUCCCCACCAAAGACGGCGCGCGCACCCAGAUCCUCGCCUCCUGGUGGCGCCACCUCUGGCGCUCCUCCCCUCUCAACCUCGACUGCCGUGGCCUCGUCAAGCGUCGGAUUCAACUACAUGGUGUCGUAUCACGCAUCCUUACCUCGCACCCAGGGCCCGGCCGACGCUUCAUAUACAAGUUCAAGGACCUAACUUCUACCGAGUAUGAGUUGCUCCAGAUGAACGCUACCAUGGACGAGUGGCUCCGAUCAGCCGCCCUCUCCAAUCUGCAAGAGCUUGAUUUAUCCUACUGCCUAUGGUAUCAAUUGCCCGCACCAAUCUCCUGCCUCUCGACCACCAACCUUCAUGUUGCCACCAUUACAAGAUGCAACUUCCCUGACACCACCCUUCAAGGGCUUCGGUUCCCCCAGCUUAAGCAGCUCACAAUUGAAAUGGUCAGAAUCUCGGAAUGUUCACUGCAUCACAUGCUUGCCGGGUGUCCAACUCUGGAGUGCUUGCUGAUUAACUGCAGUUCUGGCUUCAGUUGCAUGCGGAUCAACUCCCUUAGCCUUAGAAGCAUAGGUGUGGAUGUUAACUGUCCAGGGUACAAUGAGCUCAAGCUCGGGGAACUCGUCAUUGAGAAUGCCCCAUGUCUUAAGAGGCUGCUCCAUCUUGAUCAAAGUGGUGACAACCUCCAUAUAUCGGUGAUCUCCGCACCUAAACUGGAGACCCUGCGCUACCUUUCCAACUUCACCAAAAUCUCGUUUGGCUCAGCGGUUAUAAAGGGAUUGUGCGUUGAUAGCCUAACGGCGGUGGUGCCGACUGUCAAGAUUUUGGCUGUUGAUAUGCAUAUUCUUAGUUUGGAUACAGUGAUUAACUUGAUGGGAUUCUUUCCGUGUUUGGAGAAGUUAUACAUCGAGUGCACUUUUCACUCAUUUCAAUCAGGGCCAACAAAUGUGUGGCGUCUCCGCAAGAAGCAGAAGCUUAUCAGAUAUCUUGACAUCCCUCUGAAGACAAUUGUGUUGGAACAGUAUCGAGGCACCAAGUCACAAGUUAGCUUUCUGACAUUCUUUGUAUUACAUGCGAGAUUGCUACAGUUGAUGACACUUGGCAUCAGAGCCACGGACAACUCUGAGGAGUUCUUGGCAGAACAACGCAGGAAGCUUCUGCUAGAGAACAGGGUUUCCAUAGAUUCUCGGUUUUAUUUUACGACUGACAGAUAUAUACGCAAUUAUUGACAUCUGAAUUAAGGCCAAACAGUUUGUGGUGUCGUAAACACUAGAAAGUGAUCAGAUGUCUUGACACUUGUUUGAAGAUAGCAGUGUUGGAAAGGUAUCGGGGCAUCGAGUGGCAAAUUAACUUUGUUGCAUUCUUUGUCUUGGAUGAGAGAUUGCUAGAGUUGAUGACGCUUGGCAUCAGAACCAGGAAUAACAAUGAGGAAUUUUUGGCAGAACAUCACAGGUAGCUUCAGCUAGUCAACAGGGUUUCCAGUGAUGCCCCGUUUUACUUUACCACUCAUUGAUUUGUCGACAAUUAUUGGUAUAUGAACCAUUUUCGUGAUUUAGAUUUAACUGGUCCAUUUGCGCAUAUAUAGAUGU